UUCUGGAAAUGGCCGACAUAAUGUCCCUGUAUUUUCUAAUACCUAUCGCGAUUGUUAUAACUGGCUUGGCGUAUAGAUUAUUAGCACGCAAGCCAGUUCCUCGUAAGAUGUUAUGUUGUUCUUUGCAAAACAAAGUCAUCUGCGUGACUGGUGCCAGCUCUGGAAUCGGAAAGGAACUCUCCAAAUUCUGCUUCGACCAUGGAUCUAAAGUUGUAAUGAUAGCUAGGAGAAAGGAGUUGUUACAAACCCUGAAAGAAGAAAUGCUUGCAUCUUGUGCCGAGAAAGAAAAGAGGAAUAGUGAUAUAGCGGUUGUUCAGGCCGAUCUAGCAAAAUUGGAAGAAAUCGACGAUCGAGCCAAAGAGGUUCUUGAGUGUUUCGGACACGUGCACGGUCUAAUCAACAAUGCGGGCAUGAGUUGCAGAGACAGUGUGGAGAAGACGAGUGUGGGGGUGUACCAGAGAGUGAUGACCUUGAACUUCUUCUCCCACAUUGUCCUCACCAAGGCACUCCUGCCAUCCAUGCUUGAGCAGAGCCAACAACAGCAGCAGUGUUGGAUUGUCGCAAUCAGCUCUCUGCAGGGUAAAAUCUCUCUUCCCUUCCGCUCCUGUUACGGCGCCUCUAAACAUGCAUGUGAGGCAUUCUACCUCUCACUGCGAGCAGAGUUGGAGGCAGUGCACAGCCACAUAGCAGUGUGUGUUUUGAGUCCCGGAUAUGUGCAGACCGAGAUAUCUCUCAAUUCCACCACCGGCUCAGGAGAAGUGAGUGCCUCUUCUCUUCCUCAUUAUGUUAGAUAG